AUGUCAAAUAUCGAUGAAUCAACUGUCGUGCGUGGUCGUGAUCAUGAGAUGGACGUGAUCCUAGUGUUGACAAGACUAGGUGUUCCGGCUAACCAUAAACUGGAAGUACAUCGGGCCAUCAUAGAAGUCCCUAGUCAGGACCAGGGUGAACGUCCUUUUAUAGUAUUCUAUUUUACGAAAGGUUCCGAUAGGGCUGUGAUGAAUAAAGGAUAUAGAUUAAAUGCUGAACUGACUACUCAACGUUAUCCCGGAGAUAACGGUAUUGACGUAUUUGGGCCCUAUAAAAAAUAUAUAUUGGUGUGCCAAUGCAAAAAUUAUACUAGUGAUCGAAUUGGAAGACGAUAUGUUGCGGAGCUUAUUGGCCCGAACUUUUGUAGAUUCCCAGAUAAACAUAUGAUCGGCAUAUUUGUUACUUCGCUUUUGGAUGGGUAUGCAGAAAGAGCCCGACUUUGGGCGAAAGGUUCCAAUAUCCUCAUCCUUUUGACUUCCAUUUGGAAUUUGGAACAAGUUCUUUUAAACCUCCCUUGGAAUCCGUACGCCAUUAAUGAGGAAUCUCUUCAGAAAAUUAUGGAAGAAUCAUUGAAAUUGGCUUAUCGUCAAGAAGAUCGUACAAAGAGCAUUAAACAAGAAGUAACACGAACACAUCAAGAUAUGAAGGAAUUAUCUCCCUGGAUACUCUGA